AUGGCUGUCACGAAGCCGAUGUCGGAGUCCGCUGACCCGCUGGACGCGUACAAGGCGUUCAUGGCCAAGCACAACAAGCCAGUCGCCACGAAGGCCGGCAACCCCGGCGCGAGCGACAAGACGGAGGAAAAUAAAGGUACCCCGGAUGCCAACAACGACAACAGGAAGCACGGGACGUCGUCGACUGGCAAGGACGGCAAGGUUUACGAGACGUACACGUACGACGAGCGUUCUCAGCCCGGCGGCGAGGGCGCGGGCAUGCCGAGCGCGACGAAGACCCGCACGUCGCGGGCGCAGAACCCCGUCGAGGAGGUGGACGAGGACGACGAGCCCGUCGACGUCCGCCCGAGGUGGAGGGCGUCCGACUUCCCGCCCAACAUCGUCGACAUGGACCCCGACGCCACCGCGGCGGCGACGGUCGACCACGACGCGCGCGAGGACCUCGUGGACGACGACGACGACGACGCGGACGUCGCCGCUCACGCGCGCGUCCACCGCCCCACCACCGCGAUCACGCUCGCCUCGCUCCUGGACAAGAUCACGGACAGGGCGUGGAGGAACCUCGCGAUACUCCUGGGCGCGUGCCUCGGCGCCGCGUACGAGGUGGCGAUCCUCCCGUCCACCCGCCGCAACUUUAACCGCGCCGCGUACGCCCUCACGGGCACGUGGCGGGGCGAGUCACCCCUCUCUGUCACCGCCGGAAGGACGAUAUCCGCGAUUGACUUUUACGCCAUCCUCGCCGACGUCUUCGGCGCGAUCGCCUUCUUCGGCGCGAACGUGGCGUGCGCGAUCGCGGCGGUCAUCGUGACGGUUCGUAUCAUCAAGGUGUUCACCGGCAUGAACGAGAGCGCGCUCAACUUUAUCUGCAUACCGUUCACGUGGGGGUACGCCAAGGGGUUCGUGGAUCACGUCACCGCGGACGAGUUCGGCGCGUCCACGCUCGGGUGGUACCAGCGCCACGGCGCGAGUUUGGGGCUCACCGUGGCGGUGGUGGAGACGAUGGAGACGGUCGCGCCCGUCACCACCCGCGGGCUGUGCCUCGGGCUGUGCUUCAGCGCGUUCGCGGCUGAUUUUCUCAGCUUCGCGGGGGGGUUCGUGUGGGUCCUGGCGCUCCUGCUCGCGACGUGGACCGCGAGGUUCGUCCUUCGUCUGGCGCUCAAGCUGUUGACGCCCAUCUUCCCCCCCGCGGAUCAGCUCAAGAACGCGAUGCCGGACCUCGCGGUCGUCCCCGGCCUCGUGUCGAGGGCGGCGCACGGUUUGCUCGCGGGCGGAGCCGCGGGGGCCAAGGCGGCGAGGAACGUCGGCGCCGGGGUUGGCAAAGGCGCCGUCAACCUAUCCGUCAAGGGGAUCAAGGGCGCGGGCGCGAUCGGCGCCGGGGUUGGCGCGAAGGGCAUACGCGGGUCCAUCGGCGCGGGCAAAGCCGCGGGGGGCAUCGCCGUCGGUGGCGCGAGGGCCGGCAUGGCGGUCGGCGGCGCGGCGGCGAGGGGAACGCUCUUCGGCAUCGUCGGCGCGACGAGAGCGGGGCUGGGCGCCGGGGUGGCGGCGACGAGGCUCGGGGUCAAGGGCACGGUGCUGGCGGGUAAGACGGCGGCGUCCGCGCCCGGGUACGUGUGGCGCACGACCGGGCGGAUCAGGUCUUUCGUCAAGCUGGUGACGGUGCAGGCGGAGGCGGCGCUGGACCCGGUGGCGCCCAAGGUGAAGAAGACGCUGCACGAGGAUGGGAAGCUGCCGUCGAAGGUGCCGAGGGAGUACAGGAAGCCGAAGAAGGGCGUCGGAUCGGGCGGCAGUUCGGGCGGGUUGGCGGCUAAGCUGGACAAGCUGCAGGAGGAGAGCAAGAAGAACGCUCGCGUGACCCGGUGA